AUGGAAAGCAACCUCUUCCUCACCUACGACGAGUUCAAGCACGACCUGCAGAGCUGGGAAAAACCACUUGCCAAGUUCGUGGACUCGAAGACCUUCCAGGAUAUCUACAAGUUUGUCAAAGAAGAAUACGAAUCCGGCAGGAAGGUAUGCAUGCAUCGAUUAAGAUAUCCCAAGAAGGAGAACAUCUUCAACGCUUUUAAGGUGACUCCGAUCACCAACAUCAAGGUGGUCAUCGUUGGCCAAGACCCCUACCAUCAACCGAACCAAGCACAUGGACUAUGCUUCAGUGUGCUUAAGCCUGUGCCGCCCCCGCCCUCUCUUAAAAACAUCUACAAGAAUUUGUCAAGCAACAAGGCAAUCACCUUCAAAGUUCCCAAUCACGGUGAUCUCACUAAGUGGGCGCAACAGGGUGUUUUCUUGCUCAAUGCCACACUCACUGUCGAAGACAGCAAACCAAACUCCCACGCUAAGUGCGGCUGGCAGAAAUUCACAGACCACGUGAUUUCGGUUAUCAACGAGCAGUGCAGCAACGUAGUUUUCCUUCUUUGGGGAAAACCAGCACAGGAUAAGGCCAAGUCAGUCAAUCCCAGCAAGCACUACAUCCUCAAAACAUCACACCCCUCACCUCUUUCUGCCCACCAAGGCUUCCUCACCUCCAGUAACUUCCCAUCCUAUUUAGCCUGUUUCUCUGACUGCAACGCCUAUUUGGAGAAGACUGGUCGCAAGCCCAUCGACUGGAACCUUGACUGA